ACCCCCAAACCCUCUCACCCGCGGCAGUCCGGUGCGAGGCCCCUCCGGAAGGUGAGGGGAAUGGAUUGGACUCCGGUGGGGAAAGCGGGUGUCUAGAAGUGGUGCUAAUGGGAAGAGAAUUCUGGUUUCAAAAGAGGAUGCUCUGCCACAAAGAGCGGCUCGCGCGCUGGCCUGGGCUCUAGCGGAGGAGAGAUCCCGGGAGAACUCCAGAGCUCCGGGGGAGCGCUCCUCGGAAGACUGGGGCCAACAUGCCUGUGCGCAGGGGGCAUGUGGCACCACAAAAUACGUUUCUGGGGACCAUCAUUCGGAAAUUUGAAGGGCAAAAUAAAAAAUUUAUCAUUGCAAAUGCCAGAGUGCAGAACUGUGCCAUCAUUUAUUGCAACGAUGGGUUCUGUGAGAUGACUGGCUUCUCCAGGCCAGAUGUCAUGCAAAAGCCAUGCACCUGCGACUUUCUUCAUGGACCCGAGACCAAGAGGCAUGAUAUUGCCCAAAUUGCCCAGGCAUUGCUGGGGUCAGAAGAGAGGAAAGUGGAGGUCACCUACUAUCACAAAAAUGGGUCCACUUUUAUUUGUAACACUCACAUAAUUCCAGUGAAAAACCAAGAGGGCGUGGCUAUGAUGUUCAUCAUUAAUUUUGAAUAUGUGACAGAUGAUGAAAAUGCUGCUACCACAGAGAGGGUAAACCCAAUAUUACCAGUCAAAACUGUAAACCGGAAAUUUUUUGGGUUCAAGUUCCCUGGUCUGCGAGUUCUCACUUACAGAAAGCAGUCCUUACCACAAGAAGACCCCGAUGUGGUAGUCAUUGAUUCAUCUAAACACAGUGAUGAUUCGGUAGCCAUGAAGCACUUUAAGUCUCCUACAAAAGAAAGCUGCAGCCCCUCUGAAGCAGAUGAUACAAAAGCUUUGAUACAGCCCAGCAAAUGUUCUCCCUUGGUGAAUAUAUCCGGACCUCUUGACCAUUCCUCUCCCAAAAGACAAUGGGACCGACUCUACCCUGACAUGCUGCAGUCAAGUUCCCAGCUGUCCCAUUCCAGAUCAAGGGAAAGCUUAUGUAGUAUACGGAGAGCAUCUUCAGUUCAUGAUAUAGAAGGAUUCGGUGUCCAUCCCAAGAACAUAUUUAGAGACCGACAUGCCAGCGAAGACAAUGGUCGCAAUGUCAAAGGGCCUUUUAAUCAUAUCAAGUCAAGCCUCCUGGGAUCCACAUCAGAUUCAAACCUCAACAAAUACAGCACCAUUAACAAGAUUCCACAACUCACUCUGAAUUUUUCAGAGGUCAAAACUGAGAAAAAGAAUUCAUCUCCUCCUUCUUCAGACAAAACCAUUAUUGCACCCAAGGUUAAAGAUCGAACACACAAUGUGACAGAGAAAGUGACCCAGGUUCUCUCUUUAGGAGCAGAUGUCCUACCUGAAUACAAACUGCAGACGCCACGCAUCAACAAGUUUACGAUAUUGCACUACAGCCCUUUCAAGGCAGUCUGGGACUGGCUUAUCCUGCUAUUGGUCAUAUACACUGCUAUAUUUACUCCCUACUCUGCAGCCUUCCUCCUCAAUGACAGAGAAGAACAGAAAAGACGAGAAUGUGGCUAUUCUUGUAGCCCUUUGAAUGUGGUAGACUUGAUUGUGGAUAUUAUGUUUAUCAUAGAUAUUUUAAUAAACUUCAGAACAACAUAUGUAAAUCAGAAUGAAGAAGUGGUAAGUGAUCCCGCCAAAAUAGCAAUACACUACUUCAAAGGCUGGUUCCUGAUUGACAUGGUUGCUGCAAUUCCUUUUGACUUGCUGAUUUUUGGAUCAGGUUCUGAUGAGACAACAACAUUAAUUGGUCUUUUGAAGACUGCCCGGCUCCUCCGUCUUGUGCGCGUGGCCAGGAAACUGGAUCGAUACUCAGAAUACGGCGCUGCUGUUCUAAUGCUCUUAAUGUGCAUCUUUGCCCUGAUUGCUCACUGGCUGGCUUGCAUUUGGUAUGCGAUUGGGAAUGUAGAAAGGCCUUACCUGACUGACAAAAUCGGAUGGUUGGAUUCCUUAGGACAACAAAUUGGGAAACGUUACAAUGACAGUGACUCAAGUUCUGGACCAUCCAUUAAAGACAAAUACGUCACAGCACUUUAUUUUACCUUCAGCAGUUUAACCAGUGUAGGAUUCGGGAAUGUGUCUCCUAACACGAAUUCGGAGAAAAUCUUUUCAAUUUGUGUCAUGUUGAUUGGCUCACUAAUGUAUGCAAGCAUUUUUGGGAAUGUAUCUGCAAUUAUCCAAAGACUAUACUCGGGAACUGCCAGGUACCACAUGCAGAUGCUGCGAGUAAAAGAAUUCAUUCGCUUUCACCAAAUCCCCAACCCUCUGAGGCAACGUCUUGAAGAAUAUUUCCAGCACGCAUGGACUUACACCAAUGGCAUUGACAUGAACAUGGUCCUAAAGGGCUUCCCAGAAUGCUUACAAGCAGACAUUUGUCUACAUCUCAACCAGACGUUGCUGCAAAACUGCAAAGCCUUUCGGGGGGCAAGUAAAGGUUGCCUUAGAGCUUUGGCAAUGAAGUUCAAGACCACCCAUGCACCUCCAGGAGACACCCUCGUUCACUGUGGGGACGUCCUCACUGCACUUUAUUUCUUAUCCAGAGGCUCCAUUGAAAUUCUCAAAGAUGACAUUGUGGUGGCUAUUCUGGGAAAAAAUGAUAUAUUUGGAGAAAUGGUACAUCUUUAUGCUAAGCCUGGAAAGUCUAAUGCAGAUGUAAGAGCACUCACAUACUGUGACUUGCAUAAGAUUCAGCGAGAAGACUUGUUAGAGGUUUUGGAUAUGUAUCCUGAGUUUUCCGAUCACUUUCUAACAAACCUAGAGUUGACUUUCAACCUAAGGCAUGAGAGUGCAAAGGCUGAUCUCCUACGAUCACAAUCCAUGAAUGAUUCGGAAGGAGACAACUGUAAACUACGAAGAAGGAAAUUGUCAUUUGAAAGUGAAGGAGAGAAAGAAAACAGUACAAAUGAUCCUGAAGACUCUGCAGAUACCAUAAGACAUUAUCAGAGUUCCAGGAGACACUUUGAAGAGAAAAAAAGCAGAUCGUCAUCUUUCAUCUCCUCCAUUGAUGAUGAACAAAAGCCGCUCUUCUCAGGAAUAGUAGAUUCUUCUCCAGGAAUAGGGAAAGCAUCUGGGCUCGAUUUUGAAGAAACAGUGCCCACCUCAGGAAGAAUGCACAUAGAUAAAAGAAGUCACUCUUGCAAAGACAUCACUGACAUGCGAAGCUGGGAACGAGAAAAUGGACAUCCCCAGCCUGAAGACUCCAGUCCAUCUGCACUUCAGCGAGCUGCCUGGGGUAUCUCUGAAACCGAAAGUGACCUCACCUACGGGGAAGUGGAACAAAGAUUAGAUCUGCUCCAGGAACAACUUAACAGGCUUGAAUCCCAAAUGACCACUGACAUCCAGACCAUCCUACAGUUGCUGCAGAAACAAACCACUGUGGUCCCCCCAGCCUACAGUAUGGUAACAGCAGGACCUGAAUAUCAGAGACCCAUCAUCCGGCUGUUGAGAACCAGUCAACCGGCAGCAUCCAUCAAAACUGACCGAAGUUUCAGCCCUUCCUCACAAUGUCCUGAAUUUCUAGACCUUGAAAAAUCUAAACUUAAAUCCAAAGAAUCCCUUUCAAGUGGGGUGCAUCUGAACACAGCUUCAGAAGACAACUUGACUUCACUUUUAAAACAAGACAGUGAUCUGUCUUUAGAGCUUCACCUGCGGCAAAGAAAAACUUACCUUCAUCCAAUUAGGCAUCCUUCUUUGCCAGAUUCAUCCCUAAGCACUGUAGGAAUCUUGGGUCUUCAUAGGCAUGUUUCUGAUCCUGGUCUUCCAGGGAAAUAAUCAUUUUGUACUAUUUACUCCACAUACAAUGUAAGUGCUUUUAAUGGCUGUUUUCCUUUUUCUAUUUAAAUCCUCUCUACUUGACUCAGGGGCUCACAAGGUACCAUUAUAUGCAAAAGUACUGUAUAUUUUCCUAAAUUGAAGCUUGUAAGGUAAAAUUGAGCAGUUAGGAUGUAAAUAUAUGUAAGAACUUUUGGUUCCAAAUGUUAAAACUGCCAGCAUCUCACGGCACCUUAUUUUUUAUUUUUAUUUUUUAAAUCACAUGCAUGUUAGGAAACUCCAAUUUCUGUUGCAUGGAGACUCCUAUUUACUGCUUUUACUAAACCAGUACUUUGUUAUGAAAAUGCCUUCCAUGCAAAUAAGAAACCAAGGGAUAAAACUGUUCAUGGAUGCAACUCAGAUUCAGAUGAUCCUCAACUCAU